CGAUGCAGGCACAAAAGCAAAGAGAUAUAGACAAAGCCCUUUCUUUCUCUCUUUCACCACCCCUCUAUCUCUAUCCUCCCUAAGGUAGCUUAGCUAUAUAUGAUCCCCCCAUGCCCCCAAAGCCUUUCCACACAAACACAACGAUAUAUGCACCUUGAGCUUUCCACCCCAUAAAGCCUCCCUUGGCACCUCUAUCCCACUAAGGAGCAAAAAGAGAAGAGGGAAAGGAGCCAAGAGCCCCCAAGUGCUAGCAGCUUGCUUGGCGAGGGCAUUCGGCUAGCCCCUGCCCUUAAAAAGAAGCAACUUCCUAACGCUUAUGGCACUACUGGUCAAGAGCCACCACCAAAUGUUGGGCUCCUCAUCCACCUCCUCGUCCUCCCCCUCGGCGUCCCGGCAGCCGGCGGCGGCCGCGGUGGCGCCUCCUCCUCCACCCCCCUCCUCCUCCUGCCUCACCGACCAGCAGCCGUCACCCGCCAAGCGCAAGCGGCGGCCGCCCGGCACACCGGACCCCGAUGCGGUGGUGGCGCUGUCUCCGCGGACGCUGCUGGAGUCGGACCGGUACGUGUGCGAGAUCUGCGGGUACGGCUUCCAGCGGGAGCAGAACCUGCAGAUGCACCCGGCGGCGGGCACCAAGGUGCCGUGGCCGCCUCGUGAAGCGGGCGCCGCCCGGCCGGCGGCGAGGACAGCGGCGCCGGCGCCCGCUGUGGGAAACGGCACCACCGGCCGCGGCGACGACGCCGCGGAAGCGCGUUUCGUGUGCCCCGAGCCGAGCUGCCUCCACCACGACCCCGGCCACGCGCUGGGCGACCUGGUGGGCAUCAAGAAGCACUUCCGGCGCAAGCACGGCGGGCGGCGGCAGUGGGUCUGCGCGCGCUGCGCCAAGGGCUACGCCGUCCAGUCCGACUACAAGGCCCACCUCAAGACCUGCGGCACCCGCGGCCACUCCUGCGACUGCGGCCGCGUCUUCUCCCGGGUGGAGAGCUUCAUCGAGCACCAGGACGCGUGCAACUCCGGGCGGAUGCGCGGCGAGGUGGUGCCCGUGCCGUCGACGCUCCCGGUCAUCCGUCCCGCCGUCCCGCGGCACCCGCCCGCGGUGGCGCCGCCGCCGGAGCUCCAGCUCCUGCCGGCCUCCACGGCGGCGCCGCUGACCGCCGCGACAACCGCCUCGUUGUCGACCGUCACCACCACAACUACCUCGUCCGCCCACGAACAACCCCACGUGGCGACGACGACGAAGCUGCAGCUCUCCAUCGGCCCCGUCAUCACCGCGGCCUGCUCCAACGGUGCCGUUGCUGCCGCUGCCAUCGGCGAGGAGGAGGACGCCGAGGAGCUGAGGCGCGCGGUGGAGGAGAAGGCGGCGGCGGACGCGGCGCGGGAGCGGGCGCGCGAGGAGGCCGCGGCGGCGGAGCGCGCGCUGGAGGAGGCCCGCCGCGCGCGGCAGCGGGCGCGGGCGGACCUCGAGAAGGCGUGCGCGCUGCGGGACCACGCCGCGCGCCUGCUGGCGCAGGUCACCUGCCACGCGUGCCGCCAGCGAUCGCUCGUCGCCAUGUCCUUGGCCGUCGUCGCCGGCGAGGGACACGGCCACGGCGGGCCCGCGGUGGCCUGCGACCCCAUGAGGGGAGGAGGCGUUGGGGCCGCAGGCAUCUAGCGCCAUGCACAGCGCAACAGCACGGGCCGAGUUUGUGUACGUAGAUUCGUAGGCCUCGUCGAUCGUGUCGUCUGGCGAUUAAGCUAAGAUAGCAAUGCUCUGCACUGCAUGUAGCUAGCUACGCACGCCCUUGGUUUUUAGGGUGCUUCAAUUUGCUACUUUGGCCACGUCAAUCUCCCACCAUAAGUUCUUCCUCUACUUUCUCGUGAUGCUCUCUUGUGAAGUGUCUAUGAGAUUCCACUCGAAGUUGUGAUCAUGCACAAGAAAGCAAGGGUUUAGACCAUCUUUCCUCAAGCUUCCACCGCCCCGGGUUCUUUGCUGCUUUCUACACGUUGAUGUGGCAUCGUCCUUGCCUGCGGCCGCCGCCAUUGCCCUUCACGUUCCUAGACCACCGCCGGUCAACUAUUGCCCAUCCCUCCCUCUAUAUGCUCGAGGGUUUGGUGACACGAGCACUAAACUCAGCAAGACACGGAUGGAAGUUGGUCGGGGCAUGAAACAUGGAGUACAUCACACAUUGGAUUGCAUUAGUAAAGAGAUCCUGUUGCUUAUACUUCAAUAUCCUUUUUGUGCGAAUGCUAUUACGUCCAUAUGUGUCUGUAUAGUAGACAUUGACCGCUCUCCCAAGUUCAUGAUUUUUGUUAUAAAUAAAGAAGAGAGAAUAACAUCUAAGCCUUUUUUUUC